CUAACCACAGUCAUGAAUAUUCCCUCUCCUCGGAUGCAUAUGCAGUCUUUUUUGAGGCAAGUCGCCGUUGGUCCACUCGACCGUCGCUUCUACUGCCGCCGCUACUUGCGCGGGUUAUGAAGAAAGGUUAAAAUGGCAAUGCUCGCACAACGGCCGCAUCAUGCGUGCAUUUCUCGGGAUUCUCUUUUUUUCCUUCUCGUCUUCGUUUCUCUACUCUCAUUACGCUUAUGUCAUCCUUAUUCUCCAAUGAACCCCCUUGUAGUCCCAAUUGUCCAUCAUCAUCCCCAUGUAUAUCCCCCUUUCCCAAAGCGCAACCCCCAACAUCAACCCCGCCCCGGAUCCCGGGUCCGGAACGGAGUUAGCGGGGCUUUACGAUCACGACCUUGUCAAUUAUGAUGUCUUCGACUUGGUCUCAAAUACCAUGUUCCCCUGGUUUCAACGCAUGGUUUCCCAAGUUCUUCAUGCCUUCACACCUGCAUCUACCUCGACAACACCGCGAGGCCCUUCAUUGCGGAAGCGUACCACGACGGAGGAGAUGAACGUCAAGAUUGGAAUCAUUGUCGGCGUUAUCCUGGCGGUCUUCUUGGUCGCGACGUUCGCCUUUUGCUGCAUCUACCGCAACUCAAUUCGCUUAAAGAAACGCAAAAAGGUUCGCCGUCAUCGCAAGUCGGGGGGCUCGAAAAGCUCCAAGAGCUCAACAAGUUCCGGUGGUGGUGACCCUCAACUUCCAACGUCUCCGCCUGCACCUGCACCUGCCCCUGCCCCUGCCCCUGCCCCUGAGUGAGCCGACAUCACCCUGAGUUUGUACUAGAGGAGUAGGAGCUCUUGAAUGAGCGAUAACGGCUACG